AUGCCUUGGAACGGGAAAAAAAGGAUACGGAGAAGCGACGACGGAAAGCAAGAACAGAAUGCAGGAAGAGACAGAGGUUCGUCGAAAAAGAGGACCUCAGAAAACAGAUCAAAAUUAACAAGGAUUUCGACAAAAUUCUCAAGAAGGAGUAAAAGACAGUGUCCAAAAGAUGGAAAAAGUAGAUCAAGAGCACCUCGAAUCAGUUCCGCAAACGCAGAAAGCAGAUUGAGAUCGACGCACGGAAGGCAACAAGGGAGGCGUGGAUAUGGGGACGUGAAAUCAAAAAGGAGGAAAGAGAACGACAAAAAAUGUUUCCGCCUGGAAGGUCGAAGCCCAGAAGUGGAAAAAGGAAUCGCAAAGGUUGAGAAGAAACGAGAAAGCACGGGAGAGACGCGCCGAGCAGAACCGCAAGAUUAG